AUGGCCUCCUCAAGGUCUCUCAGCAGUCGCAUCGGCGCAAUGCUGGCCGGCGCGUUGCUCCUGCUGUUGUCUACGGCCUCCGCCGUGGCUCAGCUGGACGUGGGCUUCUACAGCAAGACGUGCCCGCACGUGGAGGAGAUCGUCCGGCAGGAGAUGCUCGGGAUCCUCAAGGAGGCGCCCACGCUCGCCGGACCCUUCCUCCGCCUCCACUUCCACGACUGCUUCGUCCGGGGAUGCGACGCCUCCGUGCUGAUCGACUCCACCGACGUCGCCAAUAGCCCAGCAGAGAAGGACGCGCCGCCCAACAAGAGCCUCCGCGGCUUCGGCGCCGUGCAGCGCGUCAAGGACAGGCUCCAGUCCGCCUGCCCUAACACGGUGUCCUGCGCCGACGUGCUCGCCCUCAUGGCCCGCGACGCCGUCGUGCUCGCAGGAGGCCCCACGUGGCCCGUCGCGCUCGGCCGGAGGGACGGCCGCGUGUCCAUCGCUAGCGAGACGAACCAGCUUCCCCCACCCACCUCCAACUUCACCCGCCUCUCCAAGAUGUUCGCCGCCAAGGGCCUCGACGCCAAGGAUAUCGUCGUGCUCUCCGGCGGCCACACGCUCGGCACCGCGCGCUGCGUCUCCUUCACGGACCGGCUGUACAACUUCUCCGGCGCCAAUAACCCCGCCGACGUCGACCCAGCACUGGACGGCGCAUACGUGGCCAGGCUGAGGUCCCAGUGCCGGAGCCUCGCCGACAACACCACGCUCGCGGAGAUGGACCCCGGCAGCUUCCUCACCUUCGACGCCGGCUACUACCGCCUCGUGGCAAAGCGCAGAGGAAUCCUACACUCCGACUCCGCGCUCCUGGAACACCCGACCACCAGGGCAUACGUCGAGCGCCAGGCCACCGGCCUCUUCGCCGCCGAGUUCUUCCGCGACUUCGCCGAGUCCAUGGUCAAGAUGGGCAACAUCGGCGUGCUCACCGGAGAACAGGGCGAGAUCAGGAACAAGUGCUACGCCGUCAACAAAUAA